UGAAUGCAGCGCACGUGGCAAAGUCUUUCCCUGUCAUUCAUCCCUUAACAGACAUGUGAGAUGUCACCCUGAGCGUAAACCAUGUGAGUAUGAGGACUGUGGAGAGAAGCUGUACAAAUGUAAGGACUGUGGCAAAGCCUUUAGGUGUCGCCAGUUUUGCGAGGCACAUGAGAAAAAUCACAAUAGAGAGAAAAAAUAUAAAUGUAAGUCAUGUGGGGGAAAGCAUUCUAUUGUCGCGCAUCCUUUCGGGCACACGAGAGGAUCCACACGGGAGAGAAGCCCUAUGAGUGUGAGGAAUGCGGGGACGCCUUCAGGUGGAGCACAGCCUUUCGAAGGCACGUGAGAACGCACGUGGGAUGAGCCCCGGGUACGUGUCAGGAGUGCGGGAAAGCCUUUCACUGCUCCUCUUCACUGCGAACACACGCAGCCACUCACAGCGGAGAGAAACCCUAUCAGUGUAAACAGUGUGGGAGAUCCCUUAGGGAUUAUCACACUUUUCAAAGAUACGGAAGGACUCACACAGGGGAGAAACCCUAUAAAUGCAAGCAGUGCGGCAAAGCCUUCAGUUGUCCCAGUUCUUUUCGAAAACAUGGAAGAAUUCACACUGGGGAAAAGCCUUAUGAAUGUAAGGAGUGUGGGAAAGCCUUUAGAGGGAUCUCAAACCUCCGAGCGCACACGAUCACCCACACUGGAGAUGGACCUUAUAAAUGUAAGGAAUGUGCGAGAGCCUUCAUCUCUCCUAGCUCCUUUCGGAUACAUCAGAGGAUUCACACCGGAGAGAAACCCUACAAAUGUACACAGUGUGGUAAAGCCUUCAGUUAUUACAAUUCCUUACAGUCACACAGGAGAACUCACACUGGAGAGGAACCCUAUGAAUGCAAGGAAUGUGGGAAGGCCCUCUCCCAUCACCAAACCUUAAAAAUUCACAUGAGACUGCACACCGGCGAGAAGCCCUAUGAGUGUACACAGUGCAGCAAAGCCUUCAGUAUUAGUUCCUUACAGUCCCACGGAAGAACUCACACCGGAGAGAAACCCUAUGAAUGCAAGGAGUGUGGGAAGGCCCUGCCCCAUCACCAGACUUUAAAAGUUCACGUGAGACUGCACACCGGCGAGAAGCCCUGUGAGUGUGAUUGGUGUGGUCGGGCCUUCAGGUAUUACACUUCCUUCCAAAAACACAGAAGAGUUCACACUGAGAAGGAAUUCUGUGAAUAAAGUACAUGGAAAAGCCUUUAAUAGUAAAUCAACUUCACUUUGAAAACAUGAAGGAAGCCACACUGGAGAGAAAGCCUGUCCGUGUAAACAGUGUAGGAAAGUCCUUGGAUGUGCUCUAAGUUUGCAAACACGUGAAAGGACUCACAUAGAAGAGAAACCUUACAGAUGGCAGCAACGCAGUAAAUCCCGCCCAGGCUGCACUUCCUUAGAAACACGGCAAAGAACUCGUGCUGAAGAGAAAGCCUGUGACUGUAAGGGAUGUGGAAAAGCCUUCAGGUGUUAUCAGAGUUUUUUCUGAAGACAUGAAAAAAAACCACAGUGGAAGGAAUGUGGGAAAGCUUUCACUUGUCACACAACCAUUUGAAGACACGUGAGUCCGCCCACGGCAGAGACACCAUGUGAAUGUAAAGAAUGUCAGAAGACCUUCAGUCAUCCCAGUUCCAGACGGAUGAAAGGACUCACUGAAUAAAACCUCCUGGGUUAAGCAGCCCGGGGAAGACUUCAGUGGGCCCACAUCUUUACAUGUGAAAACUCCCACUGGAAAAAAAUGUAAAUGUAAGUAACAUGAGAAAGCUUGAUGGAAAUUAAUCUAUGUGUAGUGUUCCAGAAAACUUCCAGCAGGAAAGAGUCGUUAUGAACGUUGUAAAUAUGUUGUGUUUAUCGAGCCUCUUUCUGAAAGUGUAUCACUGGACUGUGGGUUUCCAGUAAUUACUCUCAGAAAUGAAUACUGAGAUGAGCUUAUUCACACACUUUUGAUCGGGAAACAAAUAGCUCUAGUACUUUUCUCACUGACAGCCGGUUCAUUCAUGUCUCCCUCCCCACAUGCCUUUGCUAUAAAUAGGCUUUGGCAGCCUCCUGUUAAUUAUCCUAGAGUUUUUCAACCACCCAUGGUGGAUUUAAGCCCCUGCUGCACACAAUUAGAGAAGCCACAGUUAGCAACUGACAGCCUUUUUGUAAAAGGAGUUGAUCCUCCAAAGUCAGCUUUUCAUUUGUCCUUGGGUCAUGAAUGCAGGACCCCUCAGGCUUCCUAACCAGAAGCCUCUUCACUGAGCAUAAAUCGGUACUUACAGAACAGAGCCAAGAAUGGCUCCUCCAGCAUGGCCCACCUGAGGAGGAUGUGUGCUCCCCUGUUCGCUGACUGAUGCAUCCCGUUCUGGAAGAGGUCAUCUUUCUAGACAUAUUGGCCACUUUGGGAAUCACUCAGAGUCAGCACAUGAGUUACCAGGGAGUUCACAUUUUUACGGACAUUGUGCUGCAACUGAAUCUGAUGGAGUCCAUGUCAGAGAUGCUGUGUUCUGUCUUUAUUUUUGUUUGUUCUGGGGCUUUUUUUCUUACCACUUUAAUUAUUUGAGGUGGGUAAAUUAGGUUUAUUUAUUUCUUACUAUUGUUGUUGUUGUUGUUAUUUAAUGGAAGUACAGGGGAUUGAACCCAAGCAUGCACUCUGCCACUGAGCUAUACCCUCCCCCAACUGUGUUCUGUCUUUAGAUCAAACAGGCAGCUCUGAUCAAAAACUGGACCCAAUUUGACUAAUAUGGAUUAGUCAAAUUCCAGGCCAUUGUGCUAGCACUAGAGAAUUCCCUGGCCAGGAAUCAGACUCAUCUGCACACUGUUACAGAUCUUUGGCCAUUGACAAUGACCUAGUUGUCUCAUUCAUCCAAUAGCAACAACUUACCCAAGGUCGCCCUUUUUAGCAAAAAGAACUCUGGAAAUAUCUUGCCUCAAAUACUCAAGUACAAAUCAAGGUCACUCCUUACUGUAGACAUAUUACCUCAAUCUGCAGAGGCUCAUUUCAUUGUUCAGGGUGGUCAGUCGACCGGAAUUUCUGAGAUGUAUCUAUACCUGAGAUCUGACGGUAUAAAUCUUGGCCCUGUGAGCUCACGUAAUAUAUAACCAUUUAGAGGUUUCUAGCGUAAAGUUUAGGCAAAAUUCAGGGAACUUCCCUCUUCCAUAGCUAAUUUAUGACUGACCAAUGCACCUGAUGUAUGAAAAGUCACCACUGCUAAUAUACUGUGUGCCUACUGUCCAGGCUGAGGAAGUGGUCCCUACAGCUGGCACCCCCUCUGCUGGACUACAUGCUAUGAGGGGACCAUUUAAGUUACUCAUAUAGACAAAUUACUCAUUCUGUUAUAAAUAACCCUGCUGAAGUCAAAAUGCAAGGACUCACCAAAACACUCUAGAAAAUAUUGACAGUAUCAACUCAUUUUUCAAAGUACAAAGCACUGGGCUCUUAAAAAAGGUAUCCAGUGCGGCUUUGUACCUCUCUUCUGACCCCCAGCUACCCCCUCGGAGGAUGGCCUGAUGGCUUACCUAGACAAACCUUGCUCUCUUCUAAAUAGGUCUUUCUGCUCUUUGAGGCUUUAGUUAGAUUCAAUCCCCAGUCUCUCGGGCCAGUGACUUCGUCCAGAUCAUUAAGUCUUACUGGCACCUUGUAAGUCAGGUAGAGGCCAUUCUAUACUAGACACUUCUGUCAGAAUGGUCACUGCUGCUGGUCUCUGGUGUACUGUAGUAGUACACUCGGAUCCCGCUCCCCACAUUACCUGUAUCUGUGUGCCCUGCGUGUCAGCAUUUCAUUUUGGGCGCCCUCCUUCAAAACUCCAGCCUGUCCAACACAAGUGUGCUGUUUUCUCUCCAUUUGCACUCAACGUGCUUGCUGUCACAGGAGUCACUGGUACGGACCUGCGCACACAUGAUGACAAACAUUAUUAAUGCCAAUCAUGAAAUGUCCAAAAUACAUGUAGCAGAGAGCUAAUAUUUGAGGUGUUUUCCAUGAAGGACAGCCCUCUGGCAGCCAUGGUAGCUGAUGACCACUUAGCUUUGGACUAUUUAUUAGCCAGAGAGAAUUCUGUUCUCCUAAAAGGUCUGCAUGCACCAUGUGGGCAGGCUACACUGGCAAGGUGCCGCCGACAGCACAGGAAGUGAGACAACAAAUUAGACAAUAGCGUCAUGAAAAUAUUUGAACAUAGUUCCAGAAUCAUACUUACACGUUCCUGGAUCUCUCCAACCCCCCGGGAUGGACUGGAUUCAAACGUGUUUUUGAAGCUUCAUCAUCCUAAUUAUAAUACGUACUUGUGCUUUACAUGUGGCUUUUUAACUAAUAUUCAGAUUCAAAGUCAUUCAAAUGAGAUGUGGCAUCAUUCAGUCAACAAACCUAAGAGUGAACUUUAAUUAAGACAUUGACCGCAUUUUUGGUAUGUGACCCUUAAUCGGCUUCAGAUGCCUGCUCACCCUGCCUGGCCCACAAUGGGUAAAGUUAGGUUGGGUUAUUUUAGUUAUUUUUGUCAGUGGGUAGGAGGGUCAAACCUUGAAGACCUGCAGCCUCUACCCCUACACACCUCAAAGGGCCAAGCUAUUAACCUUUGCACAAGCCACUUCAACCCACUAACCCUUGCCCUACGCUCCUUAGUGAGUACCUUUGAGUAACAAACAUGUUUCUAUUACCUUGAUGCUUGUGGUGACAUUUUCGGUAGGAUAUUAAUCCUGCCCCCAUUUUAUCCAUUGAUAAACCCAUGGAAAAUGUCUUUAUUGAUGCAGAGAAUUUUGAGACGAUGAGGAUAAGACAUCCAAAUGCAGACAUCUGUCUCAGUGUGAUCAUGUUUUUGGAUGCAGUGGUCACAAAAGAAAACUUUGAGACCGCCCGCAUGGUCACCAGGAGGACAAUCAAUAUGUGAAAAUGCUAUCGUCUCACAGGGGAAAAAUACAGAGCAACACAAGUGAAUGGAUGGUUUCUGUUCUAAUAAGACCCUGGAGUCAACAUUCCCGUCUUCAAAACAAGAAAAAGAUGCUGAAGAAACUGAAAAUCAACACCUCUUCAUAUAUCCAUGAGCUAUUUGAGGUUAUAUGGCAAGCCCGUGCUCCAAAAAUAAGAGAUUGGUGGACAUAGAGAAUUGCUGUUUACUGAGAAGACACUGGAGCAGCAUCCUCUUGGGACACAUAUAAGAUGAAUUGCUGGAAACGGUAUGAACUAGCUUGAGCUCUAACUGGAGGCAGUUAAGGACCACCUGCCCCCUGCAAAAUUUGUGAAUUUUUCUCGCAGGAGUCCAACCGGGUUCUCCCGAGAAGACUGGCAAACCGCCUCAUGCAGGAAUUGGGGGGAAGCAUUUUGAUAUACAACAAAGCAUUCUGUUCUCUGUAACUUAGGCCAUUCCCUCAAAGGAAACUGAUUUGCCAGAGCCUUAUCUGACUGGGGAAGGAGCAGACAGCUCCCUGACCCUUGGGGUUUCUUCCCUGACCAAAGCGCUGUAAGAAUAAACGCUAAGAAUCUGUUCUGAAGUUCAUAGUCCGGGGAUUCUAUCCCGCCAAAACAUUACAGGUUUAAUCCUGACAUAAAAGAACAUUAUCCCAUCUACAUACCUUCCCACCAUAUCAACAAGGCUCCAGUAGAAAAACAGUGGGUUAAAACAGACUCCACUUACAAAUGAGUUUCCAAGGAUACCCAAAUGCAGCAGGGGAGAAAAACACAAGGACCCUGGAGGACAGUAAAGGCCCUGACACCUACGGUGACAGCAAACAUGAAACAUGAUCUAACUUCUAGUCAAGAAAACAUGAAAUGUCACACUGAAGGCCUAUUUACCUCAAAUCUUAUUGUGAAAAUUCAGAAAUAUGUGGAAGUGAAAUAACAUUUGCUCCCUGGUUUCACUUCUUUGUUAAAAUUGUCUCGGUUUUGUUUUUCCAUAAACCAAGUGCAUUUGGGGUAUUUUCCAUAGUUUCAAGUUACCGGAUCAGGUAUCAUCCACACCUUGGGAACUUCAACCAGAAAACAGGUAAGUGUUGGAUUUGAGAACAUUGAGGAUAGACAUUUUAUAAGUACAUCUGCAUUUGAAGAGAGAACUGUAUUUAUGCUUCAAACACAAAAGCAGAUAAACUGCAAAAAUAAAAGCCUGGGACAAAAUUCAAAAUUGUAAGAAUAAUUAAACUUACUUCUCAUACUGUAAAAAUUAACAACAGCAAUGUGCAGUUUUUCAUCAAAACCUUAUGUG